AGCCCCUCUUCUGCUCCUUGGCACUCGUUGUUGCUUUAAUGCUGGGAGCAUCCUGGCUCAUUUGUCUUUGCAGGGAACUUAUUGCUCUCUUUGUUGGUGUCCUAAGGUGUUGCUUCCUGCUGUGCUCAAGAUUUUGCAUCCUAAUGUUUUAAGAUCCAGAUUUAGAGAGCAUCUGGCCUUCUGUUUUGGCUCAGGAGCCCUGUUCUGUGAGCUGUUCCUUGGGAUGGGCCUGGAGUAGCUGCUCAUUUAGAAUGAUGCUGUGUUUGCUGGCAGAGCUGCCCAGUGCCCAUUUAACCCACAGACACCGAGAUGCAAACUCUGUCUGUCCUGGGAACUGUGGCGUCUGGUGCAUGUAUGUCACUGCCAUCCCUCUUCCCUGUAGGAGCUUCUUUGACAACUAGUUUUGUGGUUUGGUUUUUCACGUUUCCAUGUUCUGGUUCAGGCCAUUGCAUUUCUCUCUCCGCUGACUUUGAUCCUCCUGGCCAAAUGUCUCAAGAAGGCAGACACGACAGACAGCAAACAAGCUUGCCUGGGCCACGCCCAGACUUCUUCUACCGUUGCUUCCCUGAUGGGCAAGCCCGUUCUGACUUGACGUGCACAGGAGAUGAGGACGUGGUGAAUGAGGGCCGGAAGAGCUUUCCUAGUGGACAUUCUUCCUUUGCAUUUGCUGGUCUGGCCUUUGCUUCCUUCUAUCUGGCGGGGAAGUUACAUUGCUUCACACCACAAGGUCGUGGGAAAUCUUGGAGGUUCUGUGCCUUUCUUUCACCUCUGUUUUUUGCAACUGUGAUUGCACUGUCCCGGACCUGUGACUACAAGCAUCACUGGCAAGAUGUACUAGUUGGAUCCAUGAUCGGCCUGACUUUUGCCUAUGUCUGCUACAGGCAGUAUUAUCCUCCUCUGACUGAUCCGGAAUGCCAUAAACCAUUUCACAACAGAGCUGUACUUCCCAACGCACAAAAGAUGUCUAGUGAUCCUUAUCAUUUUGAUGUUUAGAAAUUGGAGCUACCUCUAUGGAGAAUAGUAGGUGAAUCAGCCGGUCCUAUCUGGACCACGGUUAAGAUAGGCAUGUCUUACCUUUGACCUCUCAAGAGGUACUGUGAGGACAUCAGCACUUCACUUUUGCUUCCAAAUGAUUAUGCAGUCUUGCCUCUGGUCACGUGAAUUUAGCAUGAGGAGUCAAAGAUCUUUUUUACUAUGAUAUGCCACACAUUCUGAUAAAGAGAUCUUUCAAUAGUCCUCCAACAGCUUAUGAAUCUGGUCCAUCAGACUGGUAUCCCAAGAUCUACAGUGUUUUUACAUUUAAUUUAAAUGCCGUUCUGGGAAGGAUCUUGUCACAAAGAAGCCUUUGCAUAGCCCCACUUUAUCUUAGGAGCUAAGUUACUUAUUAAAACUUCAUUUUCGAUACCUCAAAACCUUAAAAUUUAGGGGCACAACUAAGUUAUUUUGGUUUAGUUUACUUUUUCUGGUGACAAUUCCAUAAAGCCUUAAAGAGGAAAGUGUCUGUGGCUUGUUUACCAUUGUCACGCGUAUCUUAUCCUAGUCCCCGCAGAUAAUACUGUGGGCAUAAAUAAUCUGUCAAAUUACUAAAUAAAAAAGAAAAUGGUUAGGAGUAUGAUUUCAGUGCUAACAACUGAUGACUGUUACUACCUCAUUUGUCCUUAACUGAGCUCAGGAGUUCCCUUCCCUCCCUUCAUGAGUAAAGAUCUGCCCAAAUGCAUCAACUUUGCCAACUGGCUAAGGCACGAAAGAAAAAUUACAAGUAUCAUUAUGUGGAAGACAAAUCCUUUUCUGUCCCUUCUUCACAAUGAGCUGUAAGGAACAAUUACAGGAUACCAUCAGAAUUGAUGCUACAGUGUCUGCAACUACCUUUCUCUUUAUUGAGAUUAUAUGUUAAAUAUGACCUUGUCUUCUGUAUUUCUUCCUAUAACAUUUUCAGUAUAUCUCUUUUCUCCAGUAAAUGUGAUAUUCAAAUAAAA